AUGAAGUUCUCGAGCACCAUCACCUCCGGCGUCGCCAUUGCCAUGGCUCUCCUGGCCCCCGUCAAGGCGGAUUUCUACGCCAACUUCUUCGAUGACACCGCCUGCUCUGUGAACGGCGGCGAAGGCGUCGACAUCCGCAACACUGGUUGCCUGGGUGAGGCUGGCCGUGGGUCCGUCUACAUCCCCAACGACGGUCUCGGCACCACCGGCGACAACCAGUACUGUCUCGUCAUCACGUCCGGCGAUGGCUCUUGCACAUGCCAGAACGUCGGCUACGACUUCACCGCUACCGGGUUCUGCAAGACGCUCAACCCGAGCGACCAGAGCUACCGUUUCGUCGGUGGUGCCUGCGGGCAUGACAACUGCUAA